GUCUGGCUGCAAAUAUAACAACAAAUCCUGAGAGGACUGCUUCUUUAUCUACUUUUCACUCUAAUCAGUAGAUUAGAUUACGGCCUGAGGAGAUACUCGAACGCUUGGUCUAUCAGUUGUGCAUCAUGGCUUGUUUUCUUGCCACACUUGGAGUUACCAUUCUGUCAGGAUUCAUCAGCCUUUCAGCAGCAAACAAGGACACAUGUGAGCUCUAUGCUGCUGUUGGGCAGAGUCUGACUUUGCCUUUUGUCUACGACAGACUGACAACCUCACAUGUGCUGAGAUGGACACAUAAUGAGACAAUUAUUUUCUACAGGCAGCAAGGCAGAGUGUCUGUCGGAAAGCCAGGGGACAUCUCUGCAACCGGAUCGCUUUUGCUGAAGAACCUAAAACCCUUAAGUGCAGGUGCUUACCAAGCAAAUGUGCUGCAUCCCAAUGGUACGCUGGCUAAAACAUGGACUGGCAAUCUCUGUUUGAUGGACAAGGUAUCAAAACCUCAGCUCACAUAUAGCUGUGACUUCAAGUCUAGUGCUGUUAAUCUGAAUUGCCAUGUAGCUAAUCCUCAGGGUUUGGUGUUUUCAUGGACGCUCGAUGAAAAUACCUUAACAAGCGAAACAAGACAAAAACUGAGCCUAUCACUGGCACAGCUGAAAGGGGAGAGGGACUUUACAUGCAGUGUGGCAAACAAAGUCAGCAAAGAGAAGAGUGACAGUGUUCGCGCAACCUGUAAAAGUCCAACACCACCAACUUUGCUUUGUUUUGCAUCCAAAACCGUUGUGGCAGUGCUCGCAGGAGGAGCAGGUCUGAUUCUGCUCUUGCUCACCAUCAUCAUCACAUUAUGUUGCUGUCACAGACGCAACAAAACUCAGAUCAGAGUCAGGGAUAAAGGGGAGCUCAGGAUGCUUUCUCUAAGCAAACGAGAGCCAGACCCCAUCAGUCCAGAGUAUGAGACUAUGCACGCGACUGAGGACUCUCCGACCCCAAGCCCGGAGCCUUCACCCAGAACCUGUUACGACAGCGUUUGUCUGCCUGAAGCUCCGACUGAAAACACACCUCCACAGCUCUCGGCAGCUGCCGAAGAACCUCGACCUUCACCGGUGCCGAAACCGAGGACGAAGGGCCCCCAGACGCCAAACGUCUGAAUGCGGAAUGAAGACCUGGAGCAAGAAGUGGAACAAAGACAAGAGGAAAUGUUUUUAGUUAAUCAGCUGGCUUAAUCUUGAGUGAGCUUGGGAGGGAAAACUUGAUGCAACAAUAUCUUUAUUUUUCUUAGCAGCAUUGAAUGUGAUAUCAUGGCUUAUCUCUGUGGUUACUGUUUUAAAUGUAGCUGUUAUGGUGGUGGAGUUAAGAGUUGUACACAUUUUUGAUACAAGAAACUGAGGGAUGAAUUUAAAAACCGAUCUGUUAACGUUAGAGAUGUUCUCUGUUUUAUUAUGAAGUCACUUUCACUUUAGCAUUUCCAGACAAAAAAGGAGAUUUUUGCAUAACAGUGUUGAUAUAAUACAUAAAAGCGUAAGGCCGGCGAUAUUAUACAUUUUUCAUAUCAUCAGCACAUCUCAUGAAAAAUCCAAAAUCAACAAAGCAUCAUUCUGUCUUUCAAUACUUUCCAACUUCCUGAACCCUGAACGUGGCACUCGGCCACGGGCUCAUUGGCUCCAACUGUGCUUCUUUUUGAAAAAAGAAAAAAAAAAAGCUAAAUAAUUUAUAAAACACAAUAAAUUGAGUACAUUGUGCUUUAUUUGGGAAUUAA